CACAAAACAAAGACGGAGAAAAGGGGUGUUGAUUUGCAUAAAAAGAAAAAGGGAUAUUCAAGUUGGAAAAAUAUAUAGGUGGUGAAAAAUUUUGGAAAACUCUAGCAAAAUUCCCAUUAAUUCAAGUAACAUUGGUGAUGUGAGCAUUUUCCUUGACCCUGGUACCGAAUACCAGCAUUUGCAAGUACCCGGGGAGUCUGCCGUUGUCGAUAUGAGUUGGUUUGACACGACUGGAAUUGCCAACCUGGCGAAAGUGGCACUGAAGGAGGCACAGAAACAAAUUGAUAAAGCCCUAGAUAUCAAGGAGGAUGACGAACAAGACUCGAUUCCGGCAGUGCCGGCUGGGGACGUUGAUUCUUCGGCCAGAAUAAAAACUGCACCAUCGGUAGAGGCAGACAAUGCUUCCGAAGAAUCAGCGAGUGUACCAAGGGGUGUCAGUAAAACGGAACCUUCUUCUCCGGUGAGUGAAUUGAUCAUUCCGAAGGUUGCCCUUGGAGAAGUGAAGGGUGGCGGCAAUGUGGGUAAAGGUCAAAUGGACAGUAUUUGGGGAUCAUUUACGGGAUCGUUCUUCGAGCAGCCUGUCACAGCAGCCAAUAUGACGGUCACAAAGGCUCCGUCGAGUUUGAAGAGAAAGAGCUUUGAAGAUUCUGGAAUAGCUGAGGUUCCAAAGGCUAGUUUCAAGGAAGAUGUCGGGAAGGAGUCGGAGAAUAGCGCGUCGGAGUCAAUAGAGCUACUGAGUCCUGUAACUACUCCUGGUUCGGCGUUAACUUCGCCAAGUUCUGGUCUCACAAUGCAGGAGUCAGAGUCGGUAGAAAUUAUAAAGGUGCUAGGAACUCCGUCGAGUGUUUCAUCUCCUGAAUCGAUCACCACAUUAGACCAGAGUCCAGAGGAAGUAAUAGAAGGAGAGGAGCUAAAAUUUACGUCCGUGGAGCUGGGGGACGAUGAUAUAAGCGUGGAAGAUGACUCUGUGUCGUAUACAUUAUCGGAACAACCUAUUACGGUGAUGGAGACUAGUGAAGGGUCUUUUCCGAUAACGGUAGCUCCCAGUAGAAGUAGCUUACAUUUGAGCUUAGACAAAAUGACUUCUAGCCGACAGAUGACAUUUUCCGAGGUUUCUGUUUGUGAUACAGAGGAGUCGAAUGAUUCCGAAACCACGGUGACUUCGGUCGAAAAGAUGUACAAGCAACCGGAUCCAUCAUUAGAAAAGUCCUACGAAAACGUUGAGAUUCAGACGCAGAUUUCCGAUUCAACGCACAGUUUCGAAGAGAUCCAGGCUGGACAAAUCUCGAUAAUGGGAACGUUGGAACCGAAGCCACAAGAAGCGACAUCGUCUCAAAAUUCGGGAGAUGAAAUUGAAACGGCCACUUCAUCGGACAUCGAGAUAAUUUCCAGUCCUAAUGGGGACUCUAGCAGCACCAAUAGCGGAGCCUACCGAACGAGUCCGUUGAAGAUUUCGGAUGGAAAGAAUAACAUAGACAUAAUGAUGAUUAAGAAACGAGGACACAACCGAGAGCUGUCGGAAGUAUCGGUGCAAAGCGCUAACAGUGACGAUUUAAGUGAGACGGAAAGAUUGAUGCGAAGGAUUGCUGAGCUAUCGGAGAUUUUGGAACAGCGUGAGUUCCGGCUUUUAGAAAUGGGUCGCCAGAAUGCCGAACUGCAUGAACAAAACUGCCAACUUACGGCACAGAUAGAGUCCAAACAAAAACGAUCCGAUAGUAGCGAAUCGGACGAGUACACUCAGCGGUUGUCGGCUCUAGAAAAAAAGUUUCAACAAACGAUUCGUGAGAGAGAAACACUUAAAAAGCAACUGGACGUAGCCAAAACCGAAUCGCAGGGAAAGAUGAAUCGUACCGAGGUGGACAAACUACUUAGUGAAAAAGAUUUUAUGAUCGAAGAAUUGAAAAAGGAAGGUGAAAAUCUGUCCAAGCAAGUGCUGCAACAUUCCAAUAUUAUAAAAAAGCUCCGUUUGAAGGAGAAGGAAUGUGAAGCGCUGAUUAAAAAACUGAAAGAGGACAUCAGAGAUCUCACGGAUGAAACCGACAGAUUGAAGAGAUCUCUUUCGGCUAAAGAAGAGGUUGAAAGGUCACAAAUCGAUGCUGUCCAUAAGUUGUCUUCUGAAAAACGGAAGCUGGAAAAAGAUAACGGGUCUUUGAAAAGUCAACUGGACGAUCAAACCCAAAAGCUUGAAACUUUGAAAAAGAGCUUCGACUUUGCCAAAAAGGAACUGACAGAAAAAACAGAAGCCUAUGCAGAACUGGUCCGAAAAUCGUCCUUAUUAGCUACGAUGGAAACCGAACAUAGUAAUAUUCAAAGAGUGAACGAGCAAAUUGUCACUGAACUCGAUGAUCUGCGUGAAAAGCUACGCAGAUCUGAAGCCGAACAAGCGCAGCGAAUGCAAAGACUGAAGAGCGAAAAUACCGAUCUGAUGCUGAGGAUUGAGGAAAUGGAAGCCCGGGUAGAGGAAGAAAAGAAAGCAACAGCAAUGGUCACCGUUCCUCUAAUAAAACAAAUCGAAUCCCUUCAGCAUGCAAUUCGCAACAAGGAACGUGUUUGGGAACAACGGGAAGCUGACAUCAGUUUGAAGCUGGAACAGUCGCUAGAAAAAUCUAAAAACUUCAACGAAAACGAACGUUCUCUCAAGGAACAGAAUUUCACUUUAAAUGGACGAAUUUCGAAUCUUGAAGAAAGACUUACAGCCGCCCUAAUCCGAUCUGAGGAGCUAACCAAUGACCUUCAGCAGAAGCAAAUUGAAGCAGAUUUGCUAAAGGGCGACUUCAAGUUGAAGCUAAAAUCAUUGGAAGACGAACGAGAGCAAUUGAAAAUAAAAUUAGUAGAAAAGGAGAUGAGAAUAACGGAACAAGACCGGAAAAUUGCCCAGCAAAAAGAGCAGUUGGAGACGGUCAAACAGUCCGCGCUGAAGCAGGAAUCAUCGUCUCGUCGAAAUUCACCGCCAUUUCCUCCGUCCUCUGGACAUCAACACCAACAACAUCAUCAUCAUCAUCACAGCGUCCAGCACCAAUCAUCAGUAGAGCGAAAUUCGCGCACCUCCUCACCGACCCCCAGUAUGGGUCAGCUAUCGUUGCCGGAGUCUAUCGGUUCGAUACCGUGGAAUCAGAACGAACUGGACGAAAUGGAGGGUGGAUCAACCCACAGCGGCCGACAAACCAUCGGAGGUUUACCGCUACUUCACACCACCUCGCUGUUGGAAAAUCUCCAGGCAACCCUGAAGCAACGCGACGGCGAAGUAUAUCAACUGCAGUGGGAACUGUCUCGCUUCCAACAGGAACGAAACGUCCUCAACCGAGAGAUCUCGAACCUGACGGUCGAAUUGGAAAGUUUGAAGGAAAAAACGGAACGUACCGUAAAAUUGGAAGAAGAGUUUGGCACCCUGCAGGAACGGUACGACGCCCUGUUACAACUGUACGGAGAAGCCGUCGAAAAGACGGAGGAACUCAAACUUGAUCUGGUUGACGUUAAGGAGAUGUACAAACUGCAGAUUGACGAUCUUCUACGGCAGGUUGCAGCCGGGAAGCAACUUUAGCUAUUCGACAAAAUCCCAAGCCAGUUUCUUGAGAGGUAAGUUUCUAAAAAAAUCCGUUCAAAAUAGAAUAGGUUAAAACGGAUUGGUAUGUGAUAAAAAAAGGCAAAAUUUAAGCUUCUACAUGUUCAAAUUUUCGGUUUAGUAAAAGUUCAAAUUUAUAGUUGGUCGCCAACAGUGCAAUAGUCAUCCAAACAUUAUAAGAGAGUUUUCCUAGCUGGUUUAAGGAAAUCAUGGUUUUGCCAUCUAGACAUUUUGUUUUUGCUUCUGAAACUUUCUAUCACACAGUUUAUUGAUAUAAUGGGAGUAGUUUCAUUGGACCGGAGGGUAAAAUGUUAAUUAUACCAUCAGCGCAAUCACUGAAGUUGAUUGGCAAACUGUCACGUACUACCUAUAAGUACUACAACUAUCGAAAAAAAAACAAUACACGAAAUUUGCAAGAAAAGUUAUUUAGGUUCUAAGUCCCAGGCGAUCAGAUAAUUUUAUUGAAUUUCUCACAAAUCUAGGUAAUAUAUUAAACUCAAAUAAAG